UUUUCCCUCGGAGCAAAGACUUUUCUAACAAAUACCAUAUUCAAUUUGAGGAUUAAUGUACCUAAUGUUUUGCGGGCAAACAGCGAUCUGCAGUCUGGAUAAUUGCAAUUGUGCGGAAGGAAACGCAGUGACCAGGAGCUGCAACGCCAACAACAAUACCAGUGUGUCAAAGACAGAUAAUUUGGAUGUUGAAAUGCUUUUGCAUCAGGUUGCCGUCAUAACCUAUAACAAUGGCUUCCCAGAAAUCCAGCAAAGAGUCUCGUAGCGAAGUCCUCAGGAGAAAAGGAAAUGAGAUAUAUCGACAAGUUUCCAAUGGUAGUUAUGGACCUUGCCUUCUCAGACACAAAUUAACUAAAGCUCAUCAGUUGUAUGAAGAAGCACUCGACGCUGCAGGAUCCACCCAUAGCAAUGAGAAAGCUUCGUGCUAUAAAAAUUUGGGUUCAGUGAAUUGGCUAUGGGGAAAAGCAGAAUGGAACAUAUACAUGAAAGAAGAGGGAGGCAACGAAGCUUUAACAGCGAUCUGGGCUGCCAAACAGCAUAUAUCAAAGGCUCUAGAGUUCCAUAUACUGGCUCUUAAAUUUGGGGAGCAUGGAGAGAAACCUUCAACGUGGCUAAAGCAAGAAGAAGAUACUUUAACCGAGAUUUUUGAGUGGGUAAAGGACCAGCUCUCCAAAUACAAUAUAUGCUUCGAGCCCAUAUUGAUGGAGCUCUGUAUAGAAAUGGAAAAUGCGGGUUCCACAAGCAGCCAAAAGAAAAAGGAAAUAGCAACUAUCCUACUCUGUCUUCGACUGGAAUUCAUCUUCAAGCAGAGCAUCAAAUGCAUUGCGGAGGACACAGAAGGGAUAAGAAUGGAAGACAUUGUUUACAAACGCUGUUUGAGUAAACUAAAAGAUUGUUACCCACCCUUAGUCAAGGCAGAGACUAUUGUCUAUUCUACAAAGGAUAAGAAUCUGAUAAAAGAAUUUGAGAGCCUGAAAGAGCAGGUUUUAUUUCAUCAGUGUGUAUGUGAAUCAGUGCAAGCACGUUGUCAAGGAGACGAUUUGCUUCGGAGAGCUUUGCUUGACUCUGAAGAAAUUGGCGUGGAGCUUGUGUGGGAUGCCAUUGACUGGUAUAGGCAUUCUAUUUCUCUCAGCAAAUACAAAGAUCUGGAGAGUGAGGCCAUCUCACUUAGCCGCAUUGGCAAAGUAUACUCAUCUGUCUUGAAAAUGGACAAGCAAGCCCAUCAUUACCAUUAUGAAAGUGUCAAAAUUGCCUUGACUAUCAUGUGUCCCCAUAUAGCAGAGUCUGAGUGGUACAAAUACUCAUUACAGAAGGUCGAUGAACACCAGAGGAGGAAAGUGGACGAAGAGAGAAAAGAAUAUAAAAGAAGACAUGCAGAAGAUGCAAAAGGGCUUCAAGAACCAAUUAAUGUGAUCAAGCGUGAAGGGGAAAUGAGUGCAGAGUCUUUCUUGCAGUUCAUUUACAGAGAGCACAUUCAUCCAGAUCCUAGAAAGCGACUGAUGGGUAGCAUUGAAACUAAGGACUAUGUUAAAUUGGCUCUUAGAAAAGCCAUAGUAGCAUACCAUCCUGAUCAUAAUGCCCAGUAUGACCGGGACUGGCAGGUUCUCUGUGAAGAGAUUUCAAAGAUUUUGAAUCUCAAAUAUGAGAACUUUAAGUAAGAAACAGUGAAACUCUAUUCACUCUCAAUCCUUUUUUUUGCACUGUUUUGGGAUUAUUUUGGAUUCACUCAGAACAUCGGUUUCUAUAUGUGGUUUGCAAUUUUUGAAUGAAUUUAUCCAUGAAGGAUUCCAUCUAUUGGAGCUAGAUAACUUUGCCUUAGGUAAUGACAAUCUGUUGGAGUGGGAUUUGUUUUGUAUUUAUGCUGUUUUU